AUGGCCAACCUCAUGCCUUUCCGUGACAUCAAUGUCCAUGCGUCCACCUCUCACUAUGCCUUCACCUCCCCCUCGACCCCAUCUGCACCAACUCUGGUGGUAGAGCGUCCAUCAGGAGAUAUCAGGCUGAAUGAUGGUUCCCUGCUCGGAGCCAAACGUGUCUCUAGCAUUGCUGGCAUCUUGGGCAUAAUCAAAUUGAAGCUGGACAAAUAUGUUAUUGUCAUCACCAAAGCUCAACCCAUGGGCCGACUACGGGGCCAUAUGCUCUACAAAGUCGUCGCCACAGAAUUCCUACCUCUGCGAGAACGACCUGUUCACGAUCCUGAUGAAGACACCUAUCUAUCUUACGUCAAGGCUCUACUAGCCAGGGGUCCCAUGUAUUUCUCCUAUUCUCUCGACAUCACCUCCAGCUUCCAGCGCCAAUCCAAAGCCAUUCAAUCCGAUCCUUUAUGGAAACGAGCUGACGAUCGCUUCUUUUGGAACCGCUUCAUCCAAACCGACUUCAUUGACUUUCGUUCCGGUGGUGGUGCUGGUGGUGCUGGUACUUCUGGUACCACAAAGGGUCAUCAGCAACCCGGAGCAGACCCAUACAUUCUCCCUGUCAUGUAUGGCAUGCUCCGAGUUACUCCUGCCAAAGUACAAUCCACAUCUUUCACAUUUGCUCUCAUUACACGAAGAUCAAGGUUUCGUGCAGGCACAAGGUAUCUGUCUCGGGGUAUAGAUGAUAAAGGCCAUGUUUCCAACUUCAACGAAACCGAGCAGAUUGCCCUUCUCAAUGAUGUUUCGGGCCAACCUGUAGGUUUCGCUGGAUCCCAAGGCCAACAGAAUGGCAAAGUUGGUUCCAACCCAUCCGAGACCCAGGUUCUCUCUUAUGUGCAAACUCGCGGCAGUGUCCCUGUCUACUGGGCCGAAAUUAAUGAUCUGCACUACACCCCCAAGCUACAAAUUCGAGGUGUUGAGACUGCUGUUGAAGCUGCACGGAAACACUUUGAUGAACAAAUCAGAAUUUAUGGCGAGAAUUACCUUGUGAAUUUGGUCAAUCAGCGUGGGCGAGAAGAACGUGUUAAAAAGGCUUACGAACAAGUGGUCCGAAUUCUCGUCAACUCGCCUGAGGAAUCGGUCGAGGCCGAUCGACAUACUGAUGAGAAAUUUCGUGAAAUCAGUGCCGACCAUCCUCAUCAGAAGAUGGAUAGGUUGCAUUAUGUCUAUUUUGAUUUUCACAACGAGACCAAGGGUUUGAAAUGGCAUCGGGCCGAGCUCCUGCUUGACGAACUGAUUGAUGGUCUGCGGAAGGGUCAAUAUUUCCGCGGUGUCGAAAAUCCAGGUGACCCAUCUGGUGUGCUGGAGGUCAGAACACAACAGACUGCUGUGGUUCGCACAAAUUGCAUGGAUUGUCUCGAUCGUACCAACGUGGUGCAAAGCAUGCUAGGAAGAUGGGCACUGACCCAGUCAUUCCAAGAUAUUGGUGUUCUCCGAGCAGGUGAGAGAGCAAGUGACGACGCUGCCUUUGAGACACUGUUCCGUAACAUCUGGGCUGACAAUGCUGAUGUUGUUUCCAACUCAUACUCCGGCACGGGCGCCUUGAAAACGGAUUUCACACGGACUGGCAAACGCACCAAAGCGGGCGCGCUGCAAGAUCUCAACAAUUCGUGCACUCGAUAUGUUCGCAAUAACUUUCUCGACGGCCCGAGACAAGAUGGGUUUGACCUAUUCUUGGGCACAUAUCUACCUUCUACAUACGGCGUUGGUUCCUCGCUACAAUUUGUAGAUCGAAGACCAUUGAUUCUGCAAGCCGUACCCUACGUCCUGGCUGCCUCCGUUUUCAUAGUCGUGAUUUCGACCUUGACUCGCCGUCCACCAGACUCGGCAGUGUGGCCACUACGACUCUUCACAAUAUUGUGUCUGAUUAUUGCGGGAUGGUCCUUUCAAUUCAUUUACGGACAUGGCCUUCUCUUCGUGAACUGGCCGAAACUCAAUCCGCCCUCAUUUGCGAUAGAAGGAUAUGCAGAUGCUCUUGCACGUGCCAAUAGAGAUCCGGUGGUCGGCCCAUUGAUCGCGGCCGCUGGUGGAAAGGAUAGGCGGGCUCGGAACAUCAGCACCGCAAACAUGGGAUACAUGGAAGAAGGAAAGAAGAGGAUAGAAUGA